AUGCAUUCUCUAGAUAUUUUUCACCACAAAAUAUUUACUAAAUUUUCUGAUCUUCAAUUUUUCAUAUAAAUUUAACGUUCAAGCUUGUUCACUAUCUAUGGCUUCAAAUGAGAUCGAGAGCGAGCAAAGCUCGACGGGGUUAAAAUACCUAUGGCUUUUUAAGAAGAUUGUGGCGAGAUCUUUGCUACUACUGCUGAAUGUAUAUGAAUACGCAAAGGAAAACUCCGUCGACUUCAAAGCAACGAUUGUUGCUGCCGAAGACCUCGUCGUCUUUACCUUCGGGCCGUUGUACCAGAAGCUUACGAGUUUGCCUGAAGAUAUUAUGGAGUUUGUUGAUGACACGUUUGACAAGUAUGCUUCAUCUAGAGCCAAGGAGUUUGUCACCAAAUACAAUACUCUAAUCUACACAACUAAACCUAUAGUCAAAAAACAAGUGAUCGCCACCCAAACCAUCAUUUCACCAAUACUCACCACCACCAUUUUCCUCCUCAAAACCACCAAAUAUCUUCUUCGAAACAUCACCCCGAAACCCGAACCGCUAUUCGGCAAAAAAGACCAAACCCCCCUACAAAACUCUCUCGACGCAGCUAAAUCCCUAGUCCCGGACUUAGCCAACCAAGCCGUAGACGCAACCAAAUCACUAGUCGGGGGUCUCCCACUCGUGGGUAAUGUAGCACAAUCUCUAACCACCAACCCAACCGAUUUGGCCAACCAAAUAGCCGACACCACGAACUCUUUACUCAAAGAGAACCCAAUACUCGAGGCAGUUAGCUCGGCUGCAGAAAGCAGUGGCAACGCAACCAAGUCACUAUUUGGGGGUCUCCCACUCGUGGGGGACGUAGCACAAACUCUAACCAACCCAACCAAUUUAGCCAACCAAAUAGCCGACACAACGAGCUCUUUAGUCAAAGAGAACCCAAUACUCGAGGCAGUUAGCUCAGCCGCAGAAAGCAGUAGCAAGACAACCAAGUCGCUAUUUGGGGGUCUACCCACCAACCCACUCGAUUUAGCCAACCAAAUAACCAACACAGCAAACUCUUUAGUCAAAGAUAACCCAAUACUCGACGCAGUUAACUCGGCCGCCCAAAACACACUCGACACCGCCACCUCAAUAGUCGGAGAUCUCCCAAUCGUGGGUGACAUAGCACAAUCUCUACCCACCAACCCAGCCGAUUUAGCCAACCAAGUACUCAACACAACAACCUCAUUAGUCAACGACAACCCACUAUCCGGGGCGAUUAACUCAGCUGCCGAAAACAUUGGAAACAUUGGAAAUAAUACCGCAGCAACGGGUACAAAAGCAGCAUUACAAGCAGCUUACACGACAAUGAAGCUUGCUAUGAUCCCUGUUAUAGCCCAGCUAUGGUAUGAACUUAUGAACAAGUACCCAACACUUGCCCAAUUAUCGGAAUUUAUUCUGCCGGUGGUGGAGGUAAUGUGUGAGUUGUACAAUAAGGCGGUUGCGUUCAUGGAUGGAAAGGGUUAUAGCAUAGCUGGUUAUUUGCCGUUGGUUCCAAUCGAUGAAAUGAAGGCUGCAUACAAGUUGGUAAAGACUUCUAAGGAUGGUUUGGCAGCUGUUGGAGAUCUAGUAGGGAUUGAUGCUAAUAAAGGUUUGUCAGCUGUUGGGGAUAUAUUAGGGGUCAAUAAAGAUAAGUAGCAAAGGCUUAUGGGUUAUGACUUUUAAGAGUGGUGAUAUUGGUUUUCUUUAUGUGUAACAAGUUGAUGAGUCUUUAUCUUUAUGUUGUUUAAUAAACCAGGAAAAAUGAUUGAUUUUAUUAUUCAGUUUUUAA